ACUUACUCGACUUUUCUCUGCGACGCCCAACCUCACCGAAUUCCCUUUCCAACCAAACGACGUUUGUACUAACGCAGCCAAGAUGACCAAGGUUAACCAGAACAUCUCCUCCUCCCGCCGCAAGUCGCGCGCGGCUCACUUCGGUGCCCCCUCCAGCGCCCGUCGUGUCAUCAUGAGCGCCCCUCUCUCCAAGGAGCUCCGCGAGAAGUACAACGUCCGCUCCAUCCCCGUCCGCAAGGACGACGAGGUCACCAUCGUCCGUGGCGCCAACAAGGGCCGCGAGGGCAAGGUCACCUCCGUCUACCGCCUCAAGUACGUCAUCCACGUCGAGCGCGUCACCCGCGAGAAGACCUCUGGCCAGUCCGUCCCCCUCGGCAUCCACCCCUCCAACGUCGUCAUCAACAAGCUUAAGCUUGACAAGGACCGCGAGUCCAUCCUUGAGCGCAUCAAGGUCGGCCGUGAGCUCCGCGUCAAGUCCAAGGCUACCGCCUAAUUUUCCUCCUCUCCGGUCUCAAUCGUCAUGAAUCGAUGACUUCUCCUCCUUCUCAAGUGACGGGGACUUGAUUACAACCAAGCCUUCACUCAUGACGGGCUGGAGGAGCAAAACGACCAAACAUCCAAAAGCGGCAGUUCAAGGGAACCGGUACAAUCUUUCAAAACAAAAACGGCGGCGGCGGGACAUGACAACGACAUCCACAUCUUCGACGGCGUUUUUCACGACAGGACCUAUUGACGCGUUUUGGCAAUGGCAAACAACCAGAUUUGCCUGGAAAGGGAAAAGAAAAGCACGAGGGAAAAGAAAAGCACGAGGGAAA